AUGCAGACCCUCAGUGAACGUGGUGUGAGUGUUGAGCUCGGCGGCGAGAGGUUGACAGUGAAAAAUAGUGUUAAAACUCUCGGCGUUGUGCUUGACAGCAAACUCACCUUCUCUGAGCACGUAACAUUUAGUGUUCAGCGGGCUGUAUGUAGUUUAAAAGGGCUGCACAGAUACCGAACACUACUGCCAGAGUGUGCCAAGAUGCAGAUCAUGCAGUCAAUGGUCUUAUCUGUAUUUAACUACUGCUAUCCUGCAUACGGAAAUAGUAUUACAAAGGAGGACGCUGGCAGAAUUCAAAGGCUGCAAAAUUCUGCUAUAAGAUUUAUCUUCAGCCUCAGUAAAUUUGAUCACGUGUCCCCUUCUCGAAAAGAUGCUAAUAUCAUCGCAAUGCAGGACGUGUGCAGAAUGAUGACCUGCUGCAUGGUCCACAAGACACUAACAACCGGGGAGUCCGAGUAUCUCAGCGAGAGACUCCUUCGUCGGGAGGAUGUGUCUGAGCGGAGCACACGGCAAC